AUGCCAGCAACCGGCGACAAAAAGGAAAAAUCUAAUCAGUCGGCUGAUCAGAAAGAGAAAAAACGCAAAGAAUCCAUUCUCGACCUCUCCAAAUACCUGGAGAAAACCAUUCGGGUGAAAUUCGCCGGCGGACGGGAGGCCAGCGGAGUCCUAAAAGGCUACGAUCCCCUGCUCAACCUCGUAUUAGACAACACAUCGGAAUAUCUAAGGGACCCCGAUGACCCGUACAAACUAGUGGAGGACACCCGCCAGUUGGGGCUCGUGGUCUGCCGGGGCACCAGCGUCGUGCUGAUUUGCCCCAUGGACGGCAUGGAGUCCAUACAAAACCCAUUCAUUUCUCAAGAUUAG